AAACCCAAUCUAAAAGACGAGGAUGGGGUUUACUAUUUUUGGUAUUCCCUUUCCCUAAAUUCCCAUCCACAAAGAGAGAAAGUUACCGACCUCCGGAGGGAGGAGGGAGACCGGUUAUUUGGUUCUCUUUUUAUAGUUCUGUAGAGAGCUUGGCUUGGGGAAGGCCAGGCCUUGGUUAAUCCACCCAGUUGGUGUUGUUUAUGCUACCCUUUUCAGCCACACCUGCUUCGAAGUAGCAGAUAUGGAGAUAGAGAUGUAGCCCCACAACACCCUUUGUGACUCCAUUUUUAACCACUAAUUCUGAAGAGAGAGGGAGGGGAGGGAGAGGGAUUUUGAGAUUAACCAAGCAAAGAAGUCACACGCACUACCACUCUCAGAAACUUUUCUAUGGUAUAAAUAUCGCAAGCAGUGGAAAUGCCGGCUCUUGAUUUGAAAGAAUUUCAAGAGAAGGUAGCCCACCAUUUCCGCCCUUGGCAACGCUCCUUCCAGUUCUGGGUCCGUGCUGCUGAUAUCUACACCGGCUAUAAGCGCGCUAGUAGGUGUUUCAGCUGCGGGUGAGUUUUGAGAAGGAUGUCCAGAAGCAAGAGGCAAUGUGGGAAAGGCAGCAUGAGUUUGCUGCUGAGAAGAUAUACAGCAUGUGCGCCGACCUUGGUGGGUUUUUUCUCAAGGUUGCCCAGAUCAUUGGAAAGCCCGACUUGGCACCGGCUGCAUGGGUCAGGAGGCUUGUUACCCUGUGUGAUCAAGCCCCAGCAACCCCAUAUGAUGUCGUCCGGGGGGUAAUAGAGAAGGAGUUGGGUCAGAGUAUUGAUCAAUUGUUUGAAAGAUUUGAAGUGGUUCCUCUGGGUUCGGCUUCUAUUGCACAGGUGCACCGAGCGAGGUUAAAAGGUGACAAAAGUGAUGUAGUUAUCAAGGUGCAACAUCCAGGCGUUCAGAAUUUGAUGAUGACAGAUCUCCAUAACCUGCAAGCUUUUGCAUUAUACAUGCAAAAGACAGAUAUCAAAUUUGAUCUCUACUCUAUAACUAAGGAAAUGGAGAAACAGAUUGGAUAUGAAUUUGACUUCAAGAGGGAAGCUGAUGCUAUGGAAAGAAUCAAACGUUUUCUGUGUGAGAACAAUAAAAGACCUCCUGUUUUGGUGCCAAGGGUGAUUCCUGAUAAGGUCACCAGGAGGGUUUUGGUAAUGGAAUAUAUUGAUGGAAUUCCAAUUCUAAAGCUUGGAGAUGAAAUGGCUAAAAGAGGCAUAAAUCCUGGUGGUAAGCUUGCAGCAGCGGCAAAGCAGAACAUCCUUAAAAGUUUGACACUUGCAUAUGGACAAAUGAUACUGAAGAGUGGUUUCUUCCAUGCAGAUCCUCAUCCCGGAAAUAUUUUAAUCUGUAAAGGUUCUGAGGUUGCCUUGCUUGACUAUGGACAAGUGAAAGACCUUCCAGAGAAUUUAAGGCUUGGUUAUGCCAGUCUGGUUCUUGCUAUUGCUGACAAUGAUCCCACAAGGGCAUCAUGGAGUUACAGGGAAUUGGGCAUUGAUACCUUAAGCAUGUGUGAUGAUGAGCAGACCGAAUUGUUUAAGUUGGCAGAGACUAUGUUCGACACAAAGCUACCACCUGGUGUAACAAUGCUACAACCUUUCUCCGAAGAAUCUUCAAUAAAAAAAAUUGCUGUUCGGGCUUUUCCAGAGGAACUAUUUUCUGUUCUUCGCACGGUGCACCUUUUAAGGGGACUCAGCGUCGGUCUUGGAAUCAACUACUCGUGUGCAGAACAGUGGAGACCAAUUGCCGAAGAGGCGCUGCAUUUUGCUGGCAGACUAAAAGGCAAAGAUGUCAAGACUGAAAGACGCAGACGAGGUCUCGUCAGAAGGAUAUUUGGACGAGCAUCGGGCUUUUGAAGAAUGACGGUUGUGGCUCGAAUCGACCUGCAAGUCCAGCAUUCGGAUUGGGUAGUUCUCUGUCAGUACCGAUCGCUAUUGGCCUUGUUCCUGUCUGUUUAACUGAAAUAUUUGCUAGUAAUCAAGCCAUUUUCUUCCUCCAUUUGGAACCAGCACAACCAUUCCUACUUAUUCAUUCUUUCUCCAACUUUCCAGCUUUCUGCAAGAUUCUAGGACUGGUAUUCAACAGAAUUUUGUAUUUACUUAGCAUCAUACAUGCAAGUUUGCAGCUUUCUGGUUUCUAUUCAGCCAGUAUACGCAUACAAUUUGUUGGAUCAAACAUGAAUUUUUGUUGUUUUAGUAUAUGAUAGAAUGAAUGAAUUGAAGUAGUAUUUUCUGCUUCAUUUUCUAUUA